CUCGGACUCCUGGUAGGGGGGAGGAGGAGGGGGGAAGACACCUACUCCUGCUGGUACCACGAGGAGGAGGAAGAGGAGGAAGAGGAGGAGAAGGAAGAAGAGGCGUGGGAACUUCAUGUCAUCCUUCAGAAUAUGAAGAAGAUCAAGGGAGUGAGGGUCAGCAGGAUGUUGAGUGAACCGCUGUGGUGUUGUGGCUCGCCUCCCUGGUGGUGGCGGCGCUGGCUGGCUCACCACCACAACUACUGACGCUACUACACCACGGGGCCGGCCACCAUCACCACCACCACCACAACAACAACAACAACAACAGCAACAUAAGAGGGUUCAAAUGAACGGUGUGUAUCAAGCAAUAAUACUUCUAAUACGGAGGCUGCUGGAGGAGUGGCGGGGGGCGGGGGAGGGGAGCGGCGGCCCCCCUGCACUUGACCUGCUCACCUGGGCGCCCAACCACCCCAGUGCCAAGUGCCUCAGGUACCUCCUACGAGCCGUCACAAGGGUACCACUCAAACUAUUACGAGAACAGCUCAACUACCCGGACCCAGCCUCCCUCCUGCCCCGCCCCUCCUGCCAUGACGCGCCCCCUCUCCUGCACCUCGCCCGCGUCACCGUCAGGGAGCUACUGAGGGAGGGAGAGCAGCUGCCGGGGUCUAUAUGUACUCUAGAUCUCCCUGUUUCUCUCCGCUGUCGUCUCUCUCUCCUUAGGGAUUAGUGGUGGUGGUGGUGGUGGUGGUUGUUAUUGUUAUCAUCGUUCUCGUUUUUAUUGUUUAGUUUUUAUCAUGAUUGCUGUUCUGUUCUUCUACUUCUUAUUAUUGUUGUUAUUAUUCAUGUAGUUUGUUUUUUUCUAAUACAGGCACCUCCCCCUCCUCCCUCUCCCCCUCUCCUCGCUCCACACACAAGCUUUGAAGGAGUAAAGGGGGGGGGAGGAGGGGAGGGUAAAGAAAAGUGAAAUACAGACGUUGUGAAAAUAAUAAAACAUACAAAGAAAUUUUUCCACAUUUACGUAACAUCCUAC